AUGUGGGAAUCAGUACAACUGAUCCUCCCGGGGUUGGGAGAAGAGACCAGCUUCCUGACUGUGGGUGAUCUGCCUGCCCAGCCAUCCGACCCAGAGCAAAUGGCCAGCACUGAUGAACGCAGCCAGCUGCUCCAGUGGAGGUUCUCAGAAAAGAGUAUUGCCUCUCGUGUGAGUUUUAACCAGGAGAGGAAUGUGCGCCAAGACAGAGCCGUGAAACAGAAUGCCAAGUUUGAGGUGCUCCAGAAAGUAAGCCCGAUGGGCACAGGGAACAAGGACUGCAGUGGGGCCCCUGCAUCUCGAGGCCCAACUUCAUGCCACAGACCAAAGGCCACCGACUCAAGGAUGCAGGAGCCAGGCAACAAAGCAGCCUCCCCAGCAGAUGCAGAGGUCUUUGUAAAGACCCUGACUGGCAGGACCGUCACCCUCAAAGUCAAGGCCAGUGACACCACUGAGAAUGGCAAAGCUAAAAUCCAAGACAAGGAGGGUAUCCCACCUGACCAGCAGCAUCUGAUUUGGGGGGGCCAACAGCUGGGGGAUGGCCACAGUCUCUUAUACUACAACAUGCAGAAAGAGUCCACCCUGUGCUUGGUGCUUAAUCUGCAUGGUGGCAUCAUCGAGCCCUCCCUCUGCCAGCUCGCCCAGUACAACUUCAACAAGGUGAUCUCCAAGUGUUACACCUGCCUACACCCCUGCGCUGUCUACUGCCUCAAGAAGUGUGGCCAUACCAACAACCUGCACCCCAAGAAGAAGGUUAAAUGAGGCCGUUCCACCACCUUCCCAGCUCACAGGCCAGCCUUCUGCCUGAACCCCAUAACCCUGGGGCCUCAAUAAAGUUUCCCUUUCAUAGGAAGGAAGGAAGGAAGGAAGGAAGGAAGGAAGGAAGGAAGGAAGGAAGG